AUGAUCAAUCUCUUGUUCAAGUAUGCCUCGAUAUCGGCAGCAGUUUUGGUCGGUCUUUACGCUGGUCUUCUAGGACUUCUCACCACGUCUUCCUUCCAAGCCCAUGUAGUCUAUCUCCACAAAAUCCAGAUGACCUGGUUCAAAGAUCUCGACGUCCCUGAAACAUUUGGCUUUCUACGCAGCCAGACCACCCCGUUUUCGAUACAGUCCUCCACUGGCGGAACGCUGUACGCCUGGCAUGUUCUGCCCAUCGAGUUGUAUCGUCAGCACGAGUCCGCUCUCGUGGCGGAACCCUCUGGCUUCGCCUCGGAUAUCACAUCCCGCCUUACUUUCAAGUUACUGCGCGAUGACCAUGAUGCUCGAUUGAUCAUUCACAUGCACGGAGCCGGAGGUACUGUCGGGUCAGGCUACAGAGUCCCCAAUUAUCGCGCGCUGUCGGCAGGGCAGCCCAAAACGAUUCACGUCUUGACAUUCGACUAUCGAGGUUUUGGACGCAGUCGCGGCACGCCAUCCGAGCGUGGUCUUUGCCUUGAUGCUAUCGCGGUGGUCGACUGGGCGACAAAUGUAGCCGGCAUUCCACCGUCCCGGAUCCUCAUCUUUAGCCAAUCUCUAGGCACUGCUGUGAGCCUUGCUGUAUCUAAGCACUUUGCCUUGCAAUCUCCUCCCGCAGUGUUUGCAGGCUCCAUCCUAGUCGCACCGUUCGUCGACAUGGCGACGCUCGUGGCAACGUAUCGUAUUGCAGGCUUCAUCCCCAUUCUGUCACCGCUGACAAGGUUUCCGCUGUUGUUCAACUACCUCAGCACCUUCAUACAGGACAAAUGGUUGAGCAAGCACCGUAUUGCAGAAUAUAUACGGGCCAGUGAAGCUAAUGGACAGAAAUACCGGCUGACUCUGAUCCAUGCCGAGGAUGAUCAUGAUAUCCCGUGGAGUCACACCAAAGUGGUCUUCUGGCAUGCCGUCAAUGCUACGUUGCCCCAAGGGAUCACCUACGACCAACUCGAUGUUGUGAAAAAAAAGUCAAAAUCGGAUCUGGGCGCUGCAGGGUCAAUUAUGGAAUGGCGAACGAAGAACGGCGUCAUCAGAGAGGAGAUAUUAAAGACGGGCCUACACGAUGUUGUCAUGGGCAACCCGGUAGUCACCAUGGCCGUCAUGCGUAUCUUUGAAGAAAUGAGAUCACAAGUAACAAGUAACAACGCAAUCUAUAAAGAAAAGAAUCUUCCUCUAUAUGACAGGUCUUGA